UUACUGAGCAACCACAAUUAACGAGCUUCAUGGUAGUGCACUUAAAUUCAGGGUCACACUUGAUAACUGCUAAUUAACCAGAUUUACAACCCCAAACAGCACAACUGGAAUAUUUGUAUUAAUAUAGCAUUGGAAUAACUAACAUGCUGUUACUAAUCAGUAUUAUUUUCAUCUUGUGGGUUUCCUGUGCUCAUGGACAAGGAGGAACUUGUGAUUUUCCAGAAAUAAAACAUGGAAACAUAUAUGAUGAAGACACAUAUAAACAAAGCUUCCCCGUUGCUAUAGGAAAAUAUUUCUACUACUCCUGUGAUCACAGCUUUGUGUCUCCUUCACAAUCACUCUGGACUCAAAUAAUCUGCACAGAGGAAGGAUGGUCACCAACACCAAAGUGUAUCAGGCAGUGCUUUUUCCCUUGGGUGGAAAAUGGUCAUUCAGCAUCUUCAGGACAGACACACCAGGAAGGUGACACCGUACAAAUUGUUUGUGAUACGGGCUACAGCGUUCUAUACAAUCAGAGCAGCAUCCAAUGCACAGAAAGUGGCUGGUCCACUCCUCCUAAAUGCAGUCAGCGAGACCCUAAAGGAAAAUGUGGUCCCCCUCCGCCUAUUGACAAUGGAGACAUUACCUCAUUCCCAUUACCAGCUUAUGCUCCAGGAUCAUCAGUUGAGUACCAAUGCCAGGACUUCUACACACUUCAGGGAAACAGGACUAUAAUAUGUAGGAAUGGACAGUGGUCGAAACCACCAAAAUGCUUGGAUGCAUGUGUGGUAUCAGAAGAAAUCAUGGAAAAGCAUAACAUACAAUUACGAUGGAGACAUGUGAAAAAAUUUUAUUCUAAAACAGGGGAUAAUAUUGAAUUUAUAUGUAAAGCUGGAUAUCAUAGAAAGUCACCAGGUCAUGCAUUUCGAGUAACCUGUUGGGAAGGGAUACUGAUGUAUCCCACUUGUGUAUAAAGCAAUGGUUAAGAUGCAGUCCUAAAAUUAAAAUAUGUACGUUUAUCCCAAGUUUUCAUUAUGAAUCCAAUUCUUCUCAAUUAUUUUUUCAACUAUUAUUUAACUCAUUUUUAUUCAUAAAUCAGAAUUUGUGUUAAAUAGAAUGUGGAUGAUAUAACCUGAGAGACAAAUGAAUCACUUCUUAAAAAGCACCAUAUUAAAACUUGGUGAACCAAAAUGCUAUGUGUCCUAUUCAUAAAAUAUCUGUGUCAAGAAAUUAGUUGCAAUCACUUCCAUGCCUGCUUCUUUCCAUCCUCCUAACUUUCUCAAAGGUUUCUUCAUAACUCCUGAGGCUUCCUGAGGCCCUCCAUUUCAGAGGAAAUGGAAAAAAAAUGCUUGCAUCCAUCUUCAAAAUCAUAUCACUUCACAAACACAUAGAAACCUAAUUGUGUCAUACCUAUGUUAUUAAUAAGAUAUAUGAAAUUAUCAUUUACUUUUAUUUAUCUCUCAAUAGAUACAUAUGCCAAAAAAUGAUGAAAUGCAUGAUCUCCUAUAAGAUGUCUAUCUAGCAAACAUAAUAAUUCAAACAAAUCAUAAAGAGGAAUUCAAAUCUAAUUAGGUGCAUAACUAUUAUUACAUUAAAAGUGAUUUCAAAAGUCCAAUAUCAAG